AUGAUAUUUCCACUUUGAAGCCAGUGUUGACGCCAGCAAGAUGGGUGCACAUGUCUCCAGGAAAGACUUUGAGUGGUCUUAUACUGACGAACCACAUGCUACCAGAAGAAAAGAAAUAUUAAAAAAACAUCCUGAAAUCAAGUAUCUUAUGGGACCUGAUUGGAAGUCAAAAUGGAUUAUCAUUGGGAUGGUCUUUUUCCAAAUUGGUUCCCUCUUCAUUGUGAAGGACUUGAGCAACCUGGGACUCUUCCUUGCUGCGUAUUUCAUCGGUGGAACAAUCAACCAUUCAUUAAUGCUGGAAAAACAUCCUGAAAUCAAGUAUCUUAUGGGACCCGAUUGGAAGUCAAAAUGGAUUAUCAUUGGGAUGGUCUUUUUCCAAAUUGGUUCCCUCUUCAUUGUGAAGGACUUGAGCAACCUGGGACUCUUCCUUGCUGCGUAUUUCAUCGGUGGAACAAUCAACCAUUCAUUAAUGCUUGCCAUCCAUGAAAUUUCCCAUAAUCUGGUCUUCGGGCAUUCGCAUCCACUCGCCAACAGAUUAUUUGGACUUUUCGCUAAUCUGCCAAUUGGAGUUCCUUUCUCUCCUGCCUUCAAAAAAUAUCAUCUUGAGCACCAUAAGUAUCAAGGAGAUGAGAAACUGGACACAGAUAUACCAACCAAGUUGGAGGCUGUACUUUUCACCCGUACUGGGACCAAGUUCCUUUGGCUUGUGCUUCAGCCUUUAUUUUAUGCACUUCGCCCUCCUGUUGUUUAUCCGAAGGCCCUGACAACCCUUGAGUACGUCUGCAUCAUCAUCCAGUUAUCCUUUGAUGCAAUAAUUAUUCAUUUUUUCGGAUGGAGAUCAUUGUUAUACUUGCUUGGG